CCGAGGCCGAGGCCGAAGAGUCUCCGCCGCAGCGGGAGCAGGCGCAGGCCGCGGGUGCCGGGAACGUGCCGGGCGUCCAGGAAGCGUCCGGAGAACAUGCCGCCCCCGUCCGACAUCGUCAAGGUGGCCAUAGAAUGGCCCGGGACCAACGCCCAGCUCCUGGAGAUUGACCAGAAGCGGCCCCUGGCUUCCAUCAUCAAGGAGGUGUGCGACGGGUGGUCCCUGCCGAACCCGGAGUUCUACACGCUUCGCUACGCCGACGGCCUUCAGCUCUACAUCACCGAGCAGACCCGCAGCGACAUCAAGAACGGCACCAUCCUGCAGUUGGCCGUGUCCCCGUCGCGGGCGGCCCGCCAGCUGCUGGACCGGAUCCAGUCCUCGCACACGGAGCCGCGGCUGGAGGCCAUGAAGGAGCUGGCCAAGCUGUCCGCCGACGUCACCUUCGCCACCGAGUUCAUCAACAUGGAGGGCAUCGCCGUGCUCACCCGCCUGGUCGAGGGCGGCGCCAAGCUCCUCUCCCACUACAGCGAGACGCUGGCCUUCACCCUCACCGCCUUCCUCGAGCUCAUGGACCACGGUAUCAUCUCCUGGGACCUGGUCUCCGUCAAUUUCAUCAAGCAGAUCACGGGCCACGUGAGCCAGCCGCUGGUGGACGUGUCGAUCCUGCAGCGGUCCCUGGCCAUCCUGGAGAGCGUCGUCCUCAACAGCCAGACCCUCUACCACAAGGUCGCCCAGGAGGUCACCGUCGGCCAGCUCACCGCCCACCUGCAGGUCUCCAACCAGGAGAUCCAGACGUAUUCCAUCGCCCUCAUCAACGCCCUCUUCCUCAAGGCCCCAGAGGACCAGCGGCAGGCCAUGGCCAACGCCUUCGCCCAGAAGCACCUGCGCUCCAUCAUCCUCAACCACGUGAUCCGGGGGAACUGUCCGAUCAAAACGGAGAUGGCCCACCAGCUCUACGUGCUCCAGGUGCUGACCUUUAACCUCCUGGAGGAGCGGAUGAUGACCAAGAUGGACCCCAACGACCAGGCGCAGCGGGACGUCAUCUUCGAGCUGCGGCGCAUCGCCUUCGACGCGGACUCGGACCCCAGCGCCGUCAGCGGGACGGAAAAGCGCCGAGCGAUGUACACCAAAGACUACAAGAUGUUGGGGUUCACGAAUCACGUCAACCCGGCGCUGGACUUCACCCAGACUCCUCCGGGGAUGUUGGCCUUGGACAACAUGCUCUACCUGGCCAAAGUCCAUCAGGACACCUACAUCCGGAUCGUCCUGGAGAACAGCAGCCGGGAGGACAAGCACGAGUGUCCCUUCGGGCGCGGAGCCAUCGAGCUCACCAAGGCCCUCUGUGAGAUCCUGCAGGUCGGGGAGCUGCCCAACGAGGGGCGCAACGACUAUCACCCCAUGUUCUUCACCCACGACCGGGCCUUCGAGGAGCUCUUCGCCGUCUGCAUCCAGCUGCUCAACAAGACGUGGAAGGAGAUGCGCGCCACCGCCGAGGACUUCAACAAGGUGAUGCAGGUGGUGCGCGAGCAGAUCACGCGGGCGCUGCCCUCCAGACCCAACUCCCUGGACCAGCUGAAGAGCAGACUCCGCAGCCUCAGCUACGCCGAGAUCCUCCGCCUGCGCCAGGCCGAGCGCCUCAACCAGGACGACUUCCAGUCGGCCGCCAUCGUGGAGCUCCGGGAGAAGAUCCAGCCGGAAAUCCUGGAGCUCAUCAAGCAGCAGCGACUGAACCGGCUCUGCGAGGGGGGAAGCUUUCGGAAGGUCGGGAACCGGCGACGCCAAGAGCGGUUCUGGUACUGUCGCCUGGCCCUGAAUCACAAAGUGUUGCACUACGGCGACCUGGACGACCGCCCGGAUGGGGAGGUCACCUUCGAGGCCCUGCAGGACAAGAUCCCCGUGGCCGACAUCAAGGCCAUCGUCACCGGGAAGGACUGCCCGCACAUGAGGGAGAAGAGCGCCCUGAAGCAGAACAAGGAGCUGUUGGAGCUGGCUUUCUCCAUCCUCUACGAUCCCGACGAAACGCUCAACUUCAUCGCGCCCAAUAAAUACGAGUACUGCAUCUGGAUCGACGGGCUGUGCGCCCUGCUGGGCAAGGAGAUGUGCAGCGAGCUGACCAAGACCGACCUGGACACCCUGCUCAGCAUGGAGAUGAAGCUCCGGCUCCUGGACCUGGAGAACAUCCAGAUCCCCGAGGCCCCGCCGCCCGUCCCCAAGGAGCCCACCAGCUACGACUUCGUCUACCACUACGGCUGAGCCCGCCGGCCGGGGGGGCGCCGACGCCGGCGGCCCCGUUCCCUCCGGCCCGCACGCCUACCGACGUUGUGUAUAUAUAUACAUAUAUUAUAUAUAUAUAUAUAUAUAUAUUUAUACGAGACUCACCUAGUCGAGGGGGCGGAUCGAGGGGGGAGGGGACCCCGGGGGGGCGUCGAGGGAAAACCGGGGAGGAAGACCGCUCGGUGAGCGCCGGCGCCCCGCGGGCCCGGGGAGCGGGCGCUCGGUAAGUAGUCGGGUCCCCCCCCCCCCGAGCGACGGGGUCGACGGGGGAGGGCCGGCGAUCCCCGGGACUCUCCCGAGCGCCCGGCCCGGGGCCCCGGGAGGCGCUCGCCAAGGACGAGCCCGGAGACCCGGGCGCCGAUCCCGACCGCGCCCCGGGGUUUCUGCGUCUCCCCGUGCCUCGGUUUCCUCGGCCGAGGAACGGGGACGGGGUCUCCCCGUCCGCCUCGGACCCGGAGCGGGGACCGGGUCGGACGCGACGGUCCGGCGUCGGAGCCCUCGGUGGACGCCGGCGCCGGGCCGGGACGCCGGCGGACCGGCUCGGGGGCGGGCCGGGGGACCCGGGUUCGACCCCCGCCGCCGCCGGUCCGCCGGGGGACCUCGGCCGGGUCGCUUCGCCCCUCUGGGCCCCGGUCGGCCCGGCGGAGGGGGACGGGGACCGCGGCCCACCCGCCGGGCUCGCGUCCUCCCCGCCGGCGUUUAGCACGGUGCCCGGCGCCUAGUAACCGUUUAAUAAACACCACAGUUAUUAUUCUC